GCAGGAAGCCAUGCUUUUAGGAACUUGUGUAUGCGUUUAUGUGUAAAUUGUGAUCUUUGAUGAACGCAGACUUUUAGACCGUUUACUAUUGGACCUCCACAUCAUAGUCAGGAAGGCAACAAUCGGCCCCUGUCUUUAUAACGAGUUUUACCCUGGUUUACCAACUGUUUUCGGUAGGCAACUUGCUAACUGUUGAGGUUAGCUAUUUUUUAAAAUUAGUCCAUAGCAUCUUAGCAACGUAUCAUUAGCAGAUAACUUUACAUCCUGGAUAAAGUUACUUUGUACGACUUCUGCACAUAACCUGACCAACGCAAGCUCCAGCUACUCGUGGUCAGCGCUGGAGUUUGAGCAGGAGCACAGGGUCACGCAGGCCGUGGAGGUGCCCAGGAUGUCCCGCCGGAGUCUGAGACUACACACCACUCCCGGUGACCAUGGCAACGGCGGACAGGUGGCCAAAUAUAAUCUGCUGGAGCGCCGCAGUGGGUCCCCCGCUGUGGGAGCCAGCAGAGAAGACCGGCCUCUGAAGAGUAGGCGAUCCCAUCACCAGUCCUUGUCUGGCUCCCAGUCUCUGCUGCUGACCCCCCAGAAGUCGUCCCAGUCUCUGCCCCUCAACAGCAGCCUGCACAGCUGUGCUGCCAGCGACGCCUCGCUGCUCUCCUCCCUGCUGGACGAGUCCUGCAUCCAGGAGCGCACCCUCAUGGACAGCUUCUGGGGACUGGAUGGAGACGGUGAUCACCAAGACCGCACCAUCCUUGCGAGCGGCGAUAUCCUGACGGCCCAGACGCAGACGUCCGUGGUCAGCGGCAUCACGUGUAAAGACUGCAGUUUUCAGCAGUCGGCCGACACACACUCUUCCUCCAAACACCCCUCUUCCUCAUCCUCGGCGGCCAGCCCCCACAACACCACGGUCUACAGCAGGGACAAGGUCCGCAAGCCACGCCCUGGAGUGCUGUUGCUGCCUGAGGUGUGUGUAGAGUACAGCAGGCGCGCGGCGGCGUCGGUGGCGUGUGUGCUCUCUCUGCUGGUGCACACGGUGCUGCUGCAGGCCCGCACGCAGGGCAAAGAUGGCCUGUGCUCCGUGUCUUGGGCAUGUGUGCAGGCCUGCAGGAGGGCUUGGCGCUCCACUGCCAGGGCCUUGGCACCCCUCCCCGGUGCCCUCCGCCACUGGGUGGCGCUCUGCGGUACUUGGUGCAGUGCCAUCUGUGGUGCGCUGCGCGCCAUCGGAGCUGACUGGAGGUACUGCAGUACUAUGAACUCUGAAGGACGCCGAAAGCCGGAGGGACAUCGAAAGCAGGAUGGCCACCGAGACACUGACGCGUCAUUAUCCAAGGGAUCGUCUUCAAUAUGGCAGCAACUGCUCGCCCUCAUGUCUCUGCUCAGGGAUUUCCUAGUCACACGGUGCCUUCCCAACCUGUGCAGACUGCUGCUGCUCCUCGUCCCCCUGCUUCUGCUCGUGGUGCUAUGCUACUGCGGUCCAUCUACCUUGUGGGCAGCCCUUCCAGCCGUCAACAUCAGCGAUUGGAGGGUUGGCCUCAACAAGGAGAUUUCAUUGGAGGAGGACCACGCGGCUCCCUUUGUCCCGCCCCCCAUCUCUGCUGAGUCACAGUCCUCCUCGGCGCCUCUGUCUCUAGAUGCUGAGCAUGUGGCGCGUGCAGCGCGGGUGGAGCGGGUGGAGCGGGUGGAGCGCUCGCUGGCGGAGCUGUGGGCGCGGGUGGCGCGGGGCGAGCGGCAGCAGCAGGAGAAGAGCGCCCAGCUGCACGCGCUCUACCGCCCCCUGCAGGAGCAGCUGGAGACUGGCGCCCACCUGCACCAGCUGCAGACGUCGGUGGCGGCCAUGAUGGACGAGAAGCUCCAGCCGCUCAAGGACGAGGUCGAGCGGAACGCAGACGACGUGAAACAGCAGCAGCAGUUGUACGUGACCCAGCAGCAGAGCCAUCAGAGUCAAGUGGCAGCGCUGGAGGCCCUGCUGGAGAACCUGGCUCAGAAAACUGAGGACAUCCAGAGAGCACAAGAGGCCACCCCCGCACCUGUCAGUGAGGUUGAAGACCGCGUUUCCCAUGAGGCUUUGCUGCUGGAGGUGCAGAGGCUGGAGGCAGCGCUGGGCAGCAUCAGAGCCGACCUUCAGGGGGUCAUGGGAUGCCAGGGGCGCUGUGAGCAGCUGGACAACAUCCAGGACAUGGUGUCUGCACAGGUAAAACAGCAGCUGCAGGAAGUGUUCUAUGGCGCCGAGGGUGGUGCGGUGCCUGACGCGCUCCUCCCGUGGCUCGCCGCCCGCUUCGUCAACGGCUCCGACCUGCAGGCCUCGCUGGCCGCCCUGGAGCAAAGCAUCCUGGGUAACGUGUCUCAGCUGGUGGAGCAGAGCAAGCUGAAGGGGCAGUCUGUCUGUCCCGAGACCCUGAGUGAAAGCGUCCGGCUCUCCACCGGCCAGUCGGGACUAGCCGAGCAGCAUGUGGAGCUGAUUGUGAAGAAUGCCCUGAGGCUGUAUUCUCACGAUCGCACAGGCAUGGUGGACUACGCUCUGGAGUCUGGAGGUGGCAGCAUCCUCAGCACCCGUUGCUCUGAGACGUUUGAGACCAAGACUGCCCUGAUGAGUCUGUUCGGGCUCCCUCUCUGGUACUUCUCCCAGUCCCCGCGCGUGGUCAUACAGCCGGACGUCCAUCCAGGGAACUGCUGGGCGUUUAAGGGUACUCAUGGUUACCUGGUUAUCCGGUUGUCUAUGCGUGUGGUUCCCACUGCGUUCUCUCUUGAGCACAUCCCCAAGUCGCUGUCGCCAACUGGACACAUCACCAGCGCUCCCCAAGAUUACGCGGUCUACGGUCUGCAGGAUGAGCACCUGGAGGAGGGCAAGCUGCUGGGCCGCUACACAUAUGAUGAGGAUGGAGAGGCUCUGCAGACGCACCCAGUCACGGAGCAGAACGACGAGGCCUUCCAGAUCAUAGAGCUGCGCGUGUUGUCCAACUGGGGCCAUGCAGAGUACACCUGCCUCUACCGCUUCAGAGUGCACGGCCGACCACCUGUCUACUGAAGACCUCACACUGGACCAGGAUAAAUACUCACACUUCACUGGACGGUGAAUACACACACACACACACACACACACACACACACACACACACACACACACACACACACACACUCAAGUGUGUAUUCAUCCAUCCAGUGCAUUAAUCAGAUAUUAAUCAGAUGCAUAUUUUCACAAUCACAUAUUUUGUGCCCUAUUCAGAAAUCACACACGUCAAACACACAUGCACAUACACACCAAGAAAUUUCAGGUCCAAAACUUUCAAAGUGUCUGGCUCCAGUGGCUCUUGCCUACAGGGCCUGUUCUAGGCAGCCACCUCAGCUGAAGAUUUGUGUGGUGGAGAGGUGCUGGUCUAGAUGCUGACUGGCAGUAACUCCACACCUGAAUGUAAAGAUGUAAAUGUUGUGAAUAUUUUUUGCUUGUUGUUUUCUCACCCGACACUCCGUCAGUGUUGUUUGAGAAGCCAUUAAACCCUGUGUGAUCUUGAACCUGAGUGUUUUUAAAUGUUUCAUAUAUUUAAUAGUUUUAUUUUUAUUACUUUGAACUGGAGUUUAAAAUUCUACCAUUAACCAUUGGCGUAGCCAUCAAAUUAUUAUAUAUUUUUGUUUUGUGGUACUGAAAUAAAUAUUUCUAUAGUAUUUUUGUUUUGUAAAGUACAUUCUUUUCUAUGCAAUUUUUGGGGACCACUACAUUUGUUUUUUUUAAACAUUCUCAUGUAAUGUGUUUUCAAUAGAAAUCUGAUAUGGAAAGGUCUAAUAAAAUAAUUUAAUAUGGAAGUUUCCCUUUUUAAA